ACAUGACCGAAAUGGUCAGUUAACCCCUUUAGGAGUUAUUGCCCUUUAUAGUCAUGUUUUAACAAUUUUUUCGUAAAUCUUAGUAAUCUUUUACAAAAAUCUUCUCCUCUGAAACUACUGGGCCAAGUAAAUUAUAGAUAGAGAUAAUUGUAAGCAGCUAGAAUGUUCAGUAAAUUAAGAUGUACAAACACAUCACCAUCACCAAAACACAAUUUUGUCAUGAAUCCAUCUGCGUCCUUUGUUUAAUAUUCACAUAGACCAAGAUGAACGACACAGGCUAUUUAGAGCCUCUAGUUUCUUUGUACUGAUGUAUACUUUGUAAUGAUAUGAUAUAUAUAUUUACCAGCAUACUGCCAACUGUCCCCAUUUGUGGUGGAUUUACCUUAUAUAAAUGAAGGCUCCUAAAUGAAAAUUUUGAAAAAGGAAUGCCUCUCCGAAAGAAAUCCGAUUUGGGACGAAGGCGUAAGAACAGUCAUAUGAAAAAAGAACAGAAGCUUAAAAUUGUACACAUGGUCAGUGAGGGAUCCAAAGACAUGUUGAUUACUUCUACUAACAGUUCAUUAAAACUAGAGUGUUAUGCAGAUAAUGAAGUCCUUGAUAAUGAUGUACACAUGGUUAGUGAGAGACCCACAGAUACGUCGAAUACCUCUUCAGACAUUUCAGUGAAACUAGAGUGUCCAGAUAAUGAAAUCCAGGAUACUGAUGUACACAUGGUAAGUGAGAGACCCAAGGAUACAUUGAUUACCUCUUCAGACAUUUCAGUUAAACUAGAGUGUCCAGAUAAUGAAGUUCUUGAUACUGAUGAUUUGCUUGACAAUCAUAUUGUUGAAGAUACUGAUGGAGUGAGUUUGCAUGAGAAUCAUCAGCUGGUUGCUGAGAACAUUAAAGUUGCACAUGUUGAAGGCAAAUAUCAUAAGUUCUGGAAUAUGCCAAAUGCUCAUCAUACUACAAUUACAAGUUUGUGCAGUAGAGAUGAGAAAUACAAAAAGUUUGGGGAAGUUCCAAAUGUUCACCAUGGUACCAGUGAGGAUCAUAGAAUAGAUACGGUUGAUAGUGAAGGGCACCAGUUUUAUGUUGCCUUAGACCAUAGUUACCUUUACCUACCAAACAUUAAUGUGGUUGAAUUUGUGCUUGAAAAAUCUAAACGCUUGUUUGAUACACUUAAAAAAGACUGUGAGCAAAAUUUAAAUGAACACGGCCCUUUUGUAUUGGUCAAAAACUCAAAGUAUGUACGGUAUAUUGAUUUGUAUGACACAGAAAAUCCAACAGUCAAAACGUGCAUUACCAUUUACGACAAUUUUCAAGCUGAAAUAGUUGUUCAUGGUGUACAGUUACAAAAGAGUCAUGCCAUUUGGGACACACCUGGCCUACCCGUCAACUUUGUAAGUACACAGCAUGUACAGGAGCUGCUCCAUACAGCAUCAUACCACCAAGUAUGUAUUGGCAACCCAGAACCGGAUUUUCAAAUGGAUUUGCCUUUUCCAGGUUACUAUGGUAAUAAGCCUUCUUCAACCUUUGCAGGAUAUAGAGAGGAUGAUUUGGGUGCAUAUAAUAAAAACUUCCACUACAAGAGCACCAUAAGGUCAUCCAACUGCUCUUUGCUUUCAAGAGUAGAAAGAUGUAAAAGUUGUCAGGGCUAUCGUAAGGCUCUUCACAAAAGGAAAAAUCGUCUUAAGAAAAAAGUUCCACCUGAAGAAAUAAAUUGGUUGUCAUGUAACAAGGCAAAUACAACUUUGACAGAAAGUGAGAAAGUUAUAAAAUUAAAACAACUUACAGCUAUGUUAACUGAUCUGAAGGCAAAGAAUAAAAACUUAGAGAAGAUAUUACAAGUACAUGGAAUAGAGACGAAAUUACAAGUAUCUGAAAUAGAUAAGAAUUCACAAGUAAAUGGAAUAGAGAUGAAAUUACGAGUAAAUGAAAUAUUGAAAAAGUCACACGUAAAUGGAAAAGUAAAGAAUUUACAAGUAAAUGAAGUCGGGAAGAAAUUACAAGUAAAUGUAAUAGAGAAGUCACAAGUAAAUGGAAUAGUUAAGAAUUUACAAGUAAAUGAAGUUGGGAAGAAAUUACAAGUAAAUGAAAAGGAGAAGAAUUCACAAGAAAAUGAAAUAGAGAAGAAUUCACAAGAAGAUGAAAUAAAGAACAAUUUACAAGUAAAUGAAAUCUGGAAAAAAAUAAAAGUAAAUGAAAUAGAGAAGAAUUCACAAGGAAAUGAAGUAAUGAUUCAGAUAACAAGGCUUUUUAACCAUUGAUGAAAAAACUAAAUUAAAGAGAUGGAAAGGCAGUGCUCAGAUGGCAGUAUCUUUAUUAGCAGUUGUUAUGGGAGUAGCAAAUGAAAUAAAACUGAUUGAUAGAAAAAAAGGUAUGAGAUGGAACCCAACGAUGAUAUGAUGGUAUCUUUAUCUAAAGAGCAAGUCAUCUUUAAUUUCUGAAUUGCUUUGUGACACUUAGUCGUCAUCCACUGGCCAAGUGAGUGAUAAUGAUAUGACAGUCACAUUAUUAAGUUAGGAGUAUGUUAUAAUUCACAUAUCAUAGACAUGAUGGAGGCAUUAGCAAAUGUGAUCAAGUCGGAGAACCUUAUUGAGGAGUUGUACUGCUCAGUAUGUUGGUAUCCUUGGUGAGGAAAUAAGAAUAAAAGAAAAUCAAAGAGUUAAA